GGCAACAAAUGAAACAUAUUUAUGAAUUAAGAUUAUUGUUCAUUUUAGAAUUUGUUGUAAUUCUUUUUAUUCAUAAUUUCUAAACUACCAAUCUUUUCUUAAUCUAAAACAGGGGAAGAUUUUUGAGAAAUUAGGCAUCUGUACUCAAGUCUGGUUUAUAAGAUUUGUAAUUAGUUUGAUGCCACAGGUGAAGGAAUCAAAGCUCUUAAUUACAGAUGCAACGUUUGAAAAUGUACCAGUAAGGAUUUACCAGCCCCAAAAGAUAAAUCCUGGCCUAAGAAAAGGAGUGCUCAUAUUUCACGGAGGAUGUGGCAUGUUUGGAUCCAAAAAAACUUAUAGUGCUUUAUGCUGCUAUCUUGCUCAAGAAAGUGAUUCAGUGGUUGUAUAUGUAGAGUAUCGUUUAGGUCCUGAGCACCAACAUCCUGCCCAGUUGUUAGAUGGCCUAGCUACCACCUGGUAUUUUAUGAAACACUCCAAAGACUAUGGAGUCAAUCCAAAUCACAUUGUUCUUGCUGGAGAUAGCAGUGGUGGAACAAUGGUUGCUCGGAUUUGUGAAGAAUUGGUAAAAACAGGGAACCUGCCAAAAAUCCGAGCACAGAUCUUGAUAUAUCCUUUCCUGCAGAGAAUGGAUUUCAUGCUACCAUCUUAUCUUCAAAACUAUCACGGUCCUUUUCUAACCAGAAAGCGGAUUAUAAGCUUUGGUUUAAAAUUUCUUGGGAACGACCAUCUAGACAAAGAAAAAAUAGCAAGGAAUGGCCAUGUUCCUGAAGACAUGAAGGAGAAAUUCAAGAAAUGGAUCAGUGCGGAUCUUAUCCCCGAAGAAUUUAAAGCCCGAGCUUAUGAUCGCCCAAUGGCAGCUCCAUUUUCAAAAGAACUGUAUGAAGGAUCUCAACUGAAUGAAAAGACAAUGCAGUCAUCCAUUAUCAGUGAGGAUGACAUUGUAAAGCAACUUCCUGAGACCUACAUUUUGACCUGUGAAUAUGACCCACUUCGGGACGAUGGACUGCUCUACAAAAAGCGACUAGAAGACAAUGGAGUGUCUGUGACUUGGAAUCAUCUAAAAGAGGGAAUCCAUGGAUUUAUAACAUUUAUCAACAGUGGAUUUUUUGAAUUUUCAUAUACAAAACCAGCAGUUGGAAACAUUGUUUCCUUUAUUAAAGGGCUAUGAAAACGAGGACAUGAAAGUACCCUGAAGUCGCCCAU